UUUAUAAAUGGACCUCUCAUACGCGGACACGUAACCACCUCCCCCUUCCUCCCUCGGUUGCGAACCAAAUUAUCAUCCCAAAACCCUAGGUAGCUACCUGCACACACUCUCACACCACAAUCAUCACGCACUCCUCUGUAUAUUCCAUUUUUGUGCUCGAAUAUUUUAUUAAUUUAAUCAUAUAUAUAUAUAUAUACACACACAGAGAGACACACGUUUGUUGAUACAGACAAAAAGACGUAUAGAAAAUCAAAGAGAUUUGGGAUGAUCGACCUCCAUUAAAAUUCAAUCAAUCAAUUAUCGAGCUAAGUGUAAGUAAUGCAAUGGCGUCGUCCAAAUUAAUGGCUUCUUCUUCUUCAACAUCGCGCGAUUCGGAUCUCAAGCGCAAAAUUUCGGCUUGCUCUUCCACUUCCGCCGCGGAGUUUCUCAGAAUUGAUAGCAAUGCGGCGAUGGUGGUGAACGGGUUCUCGGAUCCGGGUCAGGGUCAUCCGCCGGUUGUUGGGAUCACGCUUCUAGAUGCGUCCGGAGCUGUGACUCCGAUCAGCGAAGCCGAAUUGGAUGAUGAUUCACCGAGGGCAGUUAGAAAAACUGUGGAUGAUGUUUGGAAGGAGAUUAUAGCAGGGAAGAAGAAGAAGAAUAGGCAGAAUCCUAAAGAGGAGAUGAUGACGUUGGAAGAUUUUUUGGUGAAGGCCGGUGCGGUGGAGGUGGAGGAGGAGGAGGCGGCGGCAUCGGCAUCGGCGGCAACGGGGGGAAUUGUGGAGGUGAAGGAUGAGGGAUCGAGCGGCGGUGGAAUUUAUUCGUAUGAGAGUAAUUCUGGUGUGAGUUUGGAUAUUGGAGGUUUGGGUAGAGUGAGAGGGAAGAGGAGUUUGAGUUUGUUGGAACCGAUGGAUAAGGCGGCGCAGCAAAGGCAGAGGAGGAUGAUUAAGAACAGGGAAUCUGCCGCUAGGUCUAGAGAGCGUAAGCAGGCGUAUCAAGUGGAAUUGGAGUCGAUGUCGUUGAGACUAGAGGAAGAAAACGAGCAACUGUUAAAAGAGAAGGCCAUGCGGACAAAGAAGAGGCUUGAACAGCUUAUGGAGAAUGUGAUUCCUGUAGUGGAGAGACGAAGGCCACCACCAUGCCUGCGUAAAAUUCGUUCGAUGCAGUGGUAAAAUCCUAAAAUAGACGAUGACUCGAAAUUGCCCUCUUUCUGACAUAGGACAAAGGUAAGAUUAUCUAGCAAAUGUUAAACUGUAUUAGUUCUCGAAUUUGAGUGAUAAAUAGCAAUAGAAAUAGGAUCGGAAUCGAAUAUUGUUUGAUGAAAAUUAGUCGGAGAUACGAGAAACUCCAUCGAAUUACAGCUUAUAAAUCCCCAUUGUUAAUUAUAUUCGGAGAGGGAUGCAUGCUGCUCUGCCAGCUAUAUAUUCUCAUGUAUACUUGUUAAUGCUUGUAUCUGUAAACAAAUUCAAUAUUUUGUUGUUUAUUUAAAUUUUAAUUUUAUCAA